AUGGUUGCUGGUAUCCGACAAGAGACUGCUGUGUUCCUACUUGAUUCUUGGUACCCUUGGAUUUUGCUGAAGCCGCUAAUAUGUGGUAAAGCUUUUGGAAGUGAAAAUAGGGUCUUUCUGUUAUUAGGCUUUGGCGAAUAUGGAUGGAACCUGCUCUCCAAGCAUGCAGCUCAGUGUACCUUUUUAUGUGGAGGAAUGGAUAGAAGAGGGAGGUACAUAGCCAAUGGCACCUCCGGUCUAAUCAUUCCAUCUUUCUUUAAACUGUGGAGCAAGUUCAUGUUCCAAGUGAUCCAAAAGCUUAAAGGCAUUUCGGCAGUUGGUCGGUCAAGACCAGUUGGGGACUUUCCCAAAGCUCCUUUUGACCACAGCUAUGUAAGAAACACUGACACAAAGAACAAGACUAGACUGAGGGCGGAGAAGAUGAAGAAAGUCAAUGGAUUCAUUCGCAUAUGA